AUGGCAGAGGCCGCCAGCACCGCGUUCCUUCUGUGCCUCCCGCUUCUGUUCCUGCUGUCCGGCUGGUUCGGGGCAGGGAGGGCCGACACUCACUCUCUCUGGUAUAACUUCACCAUCAUUCGUUUGCCCAGACAUGGACAACAGUGGUGUGAGGUCCAAGACCAGGUGGAUCAGAAGAAUUUCCUCUCCUAUGACUGUGGCAGUGACAAGGUCUUAUCUAUGGGUCACCUAGAAGAGCAGUUGGAUGCCGCAGAUGCCUGGGGUAAACAAUUGGAAAUGCUGAGAGAGGUGGGACAGAGGCUCAGACUGGAACUGGCUGACACUGAGCUGGAGGAUUUCACGCCCAGCGGACCCCUCACACUGCAGGCCAGGAUGUCUUAUGAGUAUGAAACUGACAGACGCAUCCGUGGAUCUCGGCAGUUCGGCUUCGUCGGACAGAAGUUCCUCCUCUUUGACUCAAACAACAGAAAAUGGACAGUGGUUCAGGCCAGAGCUAGGCAGAUGAAAGAGAAAUGGGAGAAGGACAGUGGACUAACCAUGUUCUUUCAGGUGUUCUCAAUGGGAGACUGCAAGAGCUGGCUUAGGGACUUCCCGAUGCACAGGAAGAAGAGGCUGGAACCCACAGAACCACUCACCAUGGCCCCAGGCACAGCCCAUACCAAAGCCAUGGCCACCAGCCUCAGUCUCUGGAGACGCCUCAUCAUUCUCUGCUUCAUCCUCCCUGGCAUCUCAGGAGAGUCCUUUAGAGUGACAGGAAGUCAGGGACCACGAAUGGAGGGACAGGCUGGAGCUGUGACGUUCAUCCUGGAAGGGGCCCCAGCCCAGCGGAGGAACCAAAAGCCCUGGUCCACAAGCGACGGGCUCAGGGAGGAGACGACGAAAAGCUCCUGGCCCGACCCGUGGACCCUCAGGACCAAGUGGGUCACGGGCACCGCCCACCAGCAGGCUCAAAGCAAGCAGGAGGGGAAUCCACAGGGAGCCGCACAGUGGGAGCCCCAAGGGCCCGAGCUGUAA